AAAGACGCGGAUCGCUGCCUGGAGUGGCGCCUCCAGUCGCGGGGAGCGCGCGCCGGCGGCGGAUGGAGGGCGCGAGCGGGCGGCCGCGGUGGCUGCACCCGGCGGGGCGCUGAUGCGGCGCCGGCACCUUCGCUGCGCGGCUCCGGGGGCGUCGGCCGAGGGCUCUCCGCGAUGCAGCUGCUGAAGGCGCUCUGGGCGCUCGCGGGGGCCGCGCUCUGCUGCUUCCUCGUCCUGGUGAUCCACGCGCAGUUCCUGAAAGAAGGUCAGCUGGCCGCCGGCACCUGUGAGAUUGUGACCCUGGACCGGGACAGCAGCCAGCCUCGGAGGACGAUCGCCCGGCAGACAGCUCGCUGCGCCUGCAGGAAGGGGCAGAUCGCGGGCACCACCAGAGCGCGGCCCGCCUGCGUGGACGCGCGGAUCAUCAAGACGAAGCAGUGGUGUGACAUGCGGCCCUGCCUGGAGGGCGAAGGCUGCGACCUGCUCAUCAACCGCUCCGGCUGGACCUGCACGCAGCCCGGCGGGCGCAUCAAGACCACCACGGUCUCCUGACAAACGCAGGCCCCGCAGGGCCCGGAGGGGCUGGGCUCCCUGGAGAGGCCGCUGGGCCGGGGCCCUCCUGCCGCGACGCCCUCUCUGCCGUCGGCCGCCCUCCGUUCUCCGCAGCCCGACCGGACGGACGGCCGCGUCCCGGGCCUUCUGAGCUGAGCCUGUCCGGCUGCACGAGGAGUCCCGCCUGGGACGCAGUGGGGGUGGCCCGCGUCCCCCCGAGCCUGGCCUCGCCUGCCUUCCCUGGCCAGACCCUGGCUGUGCCCCCGGAAGAGGAGGAAGAGCAGGAGGAGGAGGAGGAGGAGGAGGAGCCGGAGGGGCUGCAGCCCAGAGACCGACAGCCGGUCGGCAGGACUGACUCUUGGGCGCCGCAGGGGCCUCUCGGCGCCCAGACUGUCCGAGUCGCUUUUAUUUUCUUACCCUUCAGUAUACUCGAUAGACCAAAGAGCAAAUCUAUUUUAACGCGGACUCGCCCCCACGCCCAGGCCCGGGCCCCACGGGCACGGGCACAGACAUGCUGGCGGCCCCGGCCCCGCGCAGAGGGCGGCCCCGGCCGAGACCCCCGCCCCACGAACACUGCGGGGCGCCCUGAGCCCCCGCACCGCGGGGAGGAUGCCGGCUGCCCCGCGGGACGGCCCGUCCCCACGCGGGGACACGGCCGCGGGCCGCCCCCCACGCCACACGGACUGACCUACUAAACCCGUUUUAACCACGUCGCCCGCCUCGUCGCUCCAUUUCCGACCGAUCGCGGGAGGCUCGGUCUUCGCCGCGCGCAUGCUGCGUCUCCUGGGACUGCCGUCUCAUCGAUGCACCAUUUAGCUCCAGAAAGCAAUGAAAGGAAACUGAAGUAACCCUUGUUUGAAAGAGAUCAUUAAAUGUAUUUUGCAAAGCCUAAAGUUAUAUAUUUAACAGUUUUUAUAUGUUGUAUAUUUGUAGGAAAUCCUAUUUAACCAUGAAUGUGGCAGCCCUGGGCGCGGGACCUGGGCGGGUGGGCCUGAGGGUUCCGGGGGGGCGUGGCGGGAGCUCCGGGUCGGGGGCAGCGAGCUGAGGGCCAGGGCGUGACCACGCGGGAGGGCGGUGCGCGUGGGUGCACGUGGGGGGGCCCCGGCUCGGCGCCGGCUGGCUUCCGUGUCCCUCCCGCCGGCCUGUCUCAGGGACCGCCGAUGGACCAUCCUCCGUCUCCCCCGUUCUGGGGAGCAGUGCCCCUUUUUCUUCCCCAUCACAGGCACAGACUCGGGGGGCAGCGUGCGCCCCCUCCGGCUGCCCCUCAGUCCUGGCUCGUGGCAGAGGUCGGGGCGAGGCGCACGGCAGGCGUCGGUCCCCCAGGCCCUCCCUCGGAGGGUUCCCCUGCCCCGACGGGACGGGACGGGCUGGUUUGCCACUGAGCCCUUUCUUUGGUUAAUCCCGACCCGAGGAUAUUUCCCCGUUGAUUUUAGAGAGAGUGGAAGAGAGAGGGAGAGAGAGAAACGUCGAUGUGAGAG